GGGCUUCCUGUCGUUGCAAAAGUAUCCCUGAUUAUCUCUAAUCAAAAACAUUUUUCCGAUGACAGGAAGCCAUCGGAUGCUUAGAUCGGUACACAAAAAGCUAAGAAAAGUAAAUAUGUAUAGCUGGGGAUGCUGGAAGGAUCAGUCCAAGGAUCAAGGAUAUUUUUCUGAUCCCAGGAAGCCAUGGAACGACCAGAUCGGCCACAAAUAAAGGAGAAAACAAAACAGGCCUGUUGUUGUUGCCAAUUGUUGUGCAACAACAACCCUCAAAUUUGCGGCCGCUCAAAUGGCAGGAAACGAGAUUUUUCGAUCUGAGAUACCAGGCGAACAGAAGUCAGCAGAAGGUCUCCCUUUUGAAAUUGAUUGGAAAUCCCAAAAGUAUGCAUAUUAUAUUGCUUUCUGCUAAUUUGUGUUCGCCUGGUAGCCCAGAUUUCAAAAUCGAAAAAUCUCGGUUUUGAGCGGAACCAAAUUGAGGGGAUUGUUGUACAACAAACGUAACAGGAUGUUGUUGUAAUUUGUUGUUGAUGGAUAACUCUGCCAUUUCUCGUCCGAUCUGGUCGUGCGAUGGCUUCCUGUGAUCGUAAGAAAAUCCUUGAUCUGAUAGAGUCCUUUUUAACAGGAACUAUCCUUUUCAACGUUGCCCGACAGCCGUCCCUAAGAUACUGUCGCAUAUCUCGCUUGAGGCUGGGUUUUCAGUGGACCCAACAGAUAAUUUUCAAUGAUACAAAAAUAGUGCUUCAAAAUCAAUUUUGUAAAUGUAUGUAUAAUACAGAUUGUCUCCAUUAAAAAUAUAUUUAUAUUCGAUUACGCUUUAUGAAAAAUAAACUAUUUUACAAGCCGGGUACAGAUACUUUUGGCCAUGCAGACCGACCUGGUGGUACUUCUAUUCCUCUGCUGCUGUCUCGGCGGGGGGCAAGUGGUAAGCAAUCGUCUGGGGAAAGAUUCAAGCACUUAUGGAGGGGCUCUGUUUCCCCAUAGUGCUGCGAUGAACAGUUGGUGUACAAGAUGACGAACAUAGAGUGCCUCGGGAACCCGGACCGUGUGCAAAAUUUCUCCUGCUAUCUGAAAGCGGUCAACUGGAAUAAGGCCGUCGUCAACAUGGACUGUUACAUCACUGUACCACUGCGCAAUCCUGUGGUUCGGCUGCAGGUCUUCAAGACGGACUAUAGCAACAAGUGGCAGCCUUUCCUGAUAGACGUCUCUAUUAACGUAUGCGACGUGAUGUCUAGGAGGAACUUCCUGCCCUACGGUGUCAUCUUCAGGAAGAUAGCCAGGCGUUUCAGCAACCUCAAUGGCUCCUUCCAAAUUUCGGUAUGGGUUGUGGAGGUCCCCUUGAGUAGCUGCUUUUUAAAUAUAUCCUUUACGUGUAUUUCCGUUUUCAGGGUCAUAUAUAAGGUCGGAAUGGAUUCUUGGACCCAUCCUUGGUUCCACCCUUUCCAAUUGGCUUCUAUCAGGUGAGCGGCGUAGUCGUGGAUAGAAAUGCCACCGACAGCGAGUACGUGGGCACCGUCAAGUUCUUUUUGCAGGCCAUGGAGCCGGUGAAGAGGCCCACGUUCAAGAAGCAGUGAGAGAACGUCGGCUGUAUGGGGAAUAAAGCUCAAAAUAAACUUUACACUAAAAAUUAGUCAUUAUUUUGGAUGGAAUAAAAGACAGUUUC